AUGGCAGCAGAAGCUUUGGAACAUUAUUGUGGCUCUGUUUUCUGGAAUUCCUCUUUCCUGGACCACAAUGAUGCCGAUCUGCCACUUUGUUUUGAACAGACAGUUCUUGUCUGGAUCCCUCUGGGCUUCCUUUGGCUCUUUGGCCCAUGGAAGCUUCUUCCCAUGUGUAAAUCUAAGCUGAAGAAAUCAUCAGUCACCAGGCUGUAUCUCAUGAAGCAGGUGCUGACUUCGCUGCUCUUACUGAUGGCAUUAACUGAAGUGGUUUUUACCAUUGUUGAAAACUCAGGGAACCUACAGUACCCCAUCUUUAGUAAUGGAAGACCUGCAGUCCAGUAUACAAAUCCUGUACUCUAUUCCGUCACUUGGAUACUUGUUUUGCUGAUCCAUGAUAGCUGUCGUUUCACUGUGUGCAGAGAUUCGGGGAUUCUUUUCCUUUUCCUCAACUUUUCUUUGAUCAGUGGUAUAUUUCAGCUCCAGACACUUAUCCGGCAAGCAGUGCAGGGUGCCAUUACAGAUGUACCACGUUUCAGCUUCUUCCUUGGGUCCUAUGGACUUCAACUCCUCUUACUGUCUAUUUCAGUUAUUUCUGACGUUGCUCCUGAAAUGAAGGAAGCUGCAAAGAAAAACCCCGAGAUCACAGCCUCUUUCCUGAGUUCCAUCACUUUCCAUUGGUAUAACAGUAUGGUGGUAAAGGGAUAUCGGAAACCACUAGAGAUUGACGACCUCUGGGAUUUGAGGGAUUCAGAGAAGACACAACAGGUUUUUUGCACAUUUGAGAAGAGUAUGAAGGCUGGGGUCAGAAAGGCUCAACGAAAACUAGAGAUUUGGCAUCGGAAGAAGAAACAGCGGUUAGCAGCCACCGACCUGACAAAUGGCUUGAGCAAGGCCCAGAGUCAAGAUGCAUUAGUCCUGGAAGAGAAGGAGAAAAAGCCCAAGAAAGUGGUGAUUGCUGGAGAACAAUCCAAAGAUUACUAUGCUAAACACUGGUUAAUUAUUGCUUUGUUUCAAACCUGUGCUGGAAAGCUUCUGAAAUCUGUGGCACUGAAGUUGGUACAUGAUUUUCUGGUGUUUGUGAAUCCACAACUGCUGAAGAUGAUGAUCAACUUUGUAUCUGAUCCAAAGGCCUACCCUUGGCAGGGGUAUUUGUUUGCACUGCUGCUCUUUGUGACUGCAUUGGUGCAGUCUUUCUGCCUACAGCAGUAUUUCCAGCUAUGUUUUGAAGUUGGAAUGAAUUUACGCACUUCCCUUAUGGCUGCCAUCUACAAAAAGGCACUUACAGUCUCCAAUGUUACACGGAAGGAAUCAACAGUGGGCGAGACAGUGAAUCUGAUGUCAGUAGAUGCCCAGCGUUUCAUGGAUUUCGCAGUCUAUAUGCAUCAGCUGUGGUCAUCUCCACUGCAGAUUAUUAUAUCUCUUGUCUUUCUGUGGACUGAGCUGGGACCCUCUGUGCUUGCUGGGAUUGGUGUGAUGGUGCUACUUAUCCCUUUAAAUGCUGUGCUGGUCUCUAAGUCCAGGACUAUUCAGGUGAAAAAUAUGAACCACAAGGAUGAACGCAUGAAAAUAAUGACUGAAAUUCUUAAUGGUAUCAAGAUCCUGAAGUUCUUUGCUUGGGAGCUCUCAUUUCAGAAGCAAGUUGAAAAGAUCCGGGCUUUGGAAUUAAAAGGACUGCUGCACUUUUUCCAUCUACAAUCAGUUGGCAUCUUUGUCUUUUCUUGUGCACCUUUUCUAGUCUCUGUAGCUACCUUUGCUGUCUAUGUGAUGAUAGAUGAGAACAACAUCUUGGAUGCACAGAAGGCCUUCACUUCUAUAGCGCUCUUCAAUAUCCUGCGCUUCCCGCUUGCCAUGUUUCCACUGACACUGUCCUCCAUGGUGCAAGUGAAAGUAUCUACUGAUCGACUAGAGCGAUACCUGGGUAGUGAAGACCUGAACACUUCAGCUAUAUGGCAUAAUUCCACCCCUGCCUGUGCGGUGAAAUUUCACGAGGCCUCUUUUGCCUGGGAACAGGAUUCUGAUGUCACUGUAAAAGACAUCACCUUGGAAAUUGCUCGUGGAAGCCUUGUAGCCAUAGUGGGGUCUGUGGGAUCAGGAAAAUCUUCAUUGAUAUCUGCCAUGUUGGGCGAGAUGGAGAACAUCAAGGGACACAUCAAUAUUCAGGGCUCUAUGGCCUAUGUGCCUCAGCAAGCAUGGAUACAAAAUGCGACUUUGAAAGACAACAUCCUUUUUGGGUCCCCCCUCUAUGAGGCUCGAUAUCAACAAGUGUUAGAGGCCUGUGCUUUGCUUCCUGACCUACAAUUGCUUCCAGGAGGAGACCUGACUGAGAUUGGAGAAAAGGGAAUUAACUUGAGUGGAGGUCAGAAACAACGUGUUAGCCUGGCUAGAGCUGUGUACAACAAUGCGGAUACCUACUUAUUGGAUGAUCCCCUCUCAGCUGUGGAUUCCCAUGUAGGACGGCACAUUUUUGACAAAGUGCUUGGGCCAGAAGGACUGUUACAGAAUAAGACACGGAUCCUAGUGACUCAUAACUUAAACUUCCUUGCACAAGUUGAUGAUAUUGUCGUAUUAGAGACUGGAUCUGUCACGGAACGUGGUUCCUACAAAACCUUACUGGCAAAUAGUGGAUCAUUUGCUCAGUUGCUCAACACAUAUGGCAACCAGCAGGAUAAUAUACAUGAAGAAGAAGCUAUGGCAGGCAUAGAAGAGCAGGAACUGGAUGAUUAUCCUGAACUUGUAACUGAAGAGGUGCCAGCUGAUGUGGUGACUAUGACACAGAAGAAUGAGGCCAGUGUCCAACAAAAAAUCUUCAACCGCAGCCGCAGUACCAGCAGUAACAUAUCUAUCAGGAAGAGUCAUCAAGGGCAUUUGAAUGACAAGAAAACAAUGACAGAGUUUAAAGGACAGAGAUUGAUUGAUAAGGAAGCCAUGGAAACUGGCAAGGUGAAGCUAUUUACAUAUGUGCGAUACUUUCGUGCUAUCGGUUGGGGCCUCUCAUUAAGCAUCCUCAUCGGUUAUAUUGGACAAACUGCAUCCUCCGUUGGUUUCAACCUCUGGCUUAGUGACUGGACGAAUGAUGCUCUACGCUAUGAGAAUACGACCUAUCCAGCCACAGAACGUGAUAUGCGUGUUGGAAUCUAUGGAGUGCUGGGUGCAAGCAACAGUAUCUUCCUGCUGAUCUCAACUGCUCUUGCUUCCUUUGGUACUAUCCGAGCUUCCCGGCUCCUGCACGAUCAGCUCCUCAGUAAUAUCCUGCGGGUGCCUAUGAGUUUCUUUGACUCAACACCAACUGGUCGUAUAGUGAACAGAUUUGCCAAGGAUAUUUUCACUGUGGACGAGACUAUUCCAAUAUCACUUCGCUCCUGGAUGAACUGCUUCUUUAUGAUUCUCAGUACUCUAGUGAUAAUUUGCUUAGCUACGCCUUAUUUUGCAAUUAUCAUCCCGCCUUUGGGAAUCGUGUACUACUUCAUUCUACAAUUCUAUGUGGCUACAUCCCGCCAGCUACGACGUUUGGACUCUGUCACCAGGUCUCCAAUUUAUUCCCAUUUUGGUGAGACAGUAUCUGGUCUCUCUGUCAUCCGGGCCUUUGGGCAUCAGGAGCGCUUCCUGCAGCACAAUGAGAAGAUUGUGGAUAUGAAUCAGAAGUCUGUUUACUCUUGGCUUGUUUCCAACAGGUGGCUGGCUGUGCGACUAGAAUUGGUGGGGAAUUUGACAAUUUUCUUUGCGGCACUUCUAGCAGUCUUUGUUAAAGAUUCCUUGAACAGUGGCAUUGUGGGACUCUCAAUCUCCUCGGCUCUGAAUAUAACUCAAACUCUGAACUGGUUGGUGCGAAUGACAUCGGAGCUGGAGACAAACAUUGUGGCUGUAGAGAGAGUGCAUGAAUACACAGAAAUUGCAAACGAGGCACCAUGGGUGACAACACAGAGACCACCUUCUCAGUGGCCCAACAAUGGAGAGAUCACUUUUAUGGACUAUAAAGUUCGGUAUCGGCCUGAGCUAGAGCUAGUUCUAAAUGGGAUCAACUGUGGUAUCAAGGGUACUGAGAAGAUCGGUGUGGUGGGCCGAACAGGAGCUGGGAAAUCCUCCCUCACAAAUUGCCUCUUUCGCAUUUUGGAAGCAGCUGGAGGAAAGAUCUUAAUCGAUGGACUUGAUAUAGCAACCCUUGGCCUUCAUGACCUACGUGAGAAACUCACUAUCAUCCCACAGGAUCCUAUUCUCUUUUCGGGGAGCUUGCGUAUGAAUCUGGAUCCAUUUGAUCAGUAUUCAGACGAAGACAUCUGGCAUGCUCUAGAAUUGGCACACCUGAAGUCCUAUGUACAAGCUCUACCUGAAGGGUUGUCUUCUCCAGUGAGUGAAGGAGGAGAGAACUUGAGUGUGGGGCAGAGGCAGCUUGUAUGCCUGGCACGAGCCCUGCUUCGUAAAACCAAAAUCUUGAUUCUGGAUGAAGCAACAGCUGCUGUAGACAUGGAAACUGAUCACUUGAUCCAAGAGACAAUCCGAAGUGAGUUUGCCAACUGCACCGUAAUCACCAUUGCCCAUCGGUUACAUACCAUCAUGGACAGCCAUAGGGUGAUGGUACUUCAGGAAGGAAAGAUUGUAGAAUUUGACAGCCCUGAACAGCUGCUUGAACAGCAAGGCAUCUUUGCAGGGAUGGUCAGGGAAGCCGGCAUAACAAGAAGUCAGGACACGGCACUUUAGAGGAAUGGGAGUUCAAGGCAGAAAAAUCACCGGCAAUUUCCGCAGCAUUGCAAUUUUGCUUGAUCUGCGACUGGCACAAUAUGAAAAAUGUUACCAAUGCUGCUAGUGCCAUUUACUCUUAAAACACAAUAAUUUAUUGAGCAUUUCCUGAUACUUAAGGCAGCUUUAUUACUUUUUGGUCAGCAUCAGCAUGUGCUUGUUUACCUGGAAAGAAAUUGAGGCUAGGCAUCGUGCUAAAAUGUUACCACAGGGUCACUAUGUGAAAACAAGGAAUAAAAUGUGGGAAACUAUUCUAAGCAAUCCAGAUUUCAUACUCUCCUUGCAUGUAUGUUGUA